CUGGACAAGAACAAACUAUAGUAAACAAAACAUGGAUUUGAGUUCUCCAAUCAUUUCCCACCUCCUAUAUUUUCUUCUCCUUGUUUCUUUGGUUUCUCCAAUUUAUUGUUCAAAAACCAGUAGUCACCAUUUAGUCAAUCAAACUUUUCAACAAGAGGAAAAGUUUCACAAAUUGAAGAAGAAGAUAGCAAUUCAUCUUCAACGAAUCAAUAAGCCUGCCGUCAAGACGAUCCAUAGUCCUGAUGGUGAUAUCAUUGAUUGUGUUCUAUUUCAUAACCAACCUGCUUUUGAUCAUCCUUUAUUGAAAGGACUUAAACCAUCGAAUUUACAGGAAUCUCUAAAAACACUAAAAAGGUAUCGCCAAAAAGAUAAUUCGAGUGAUAUCUUUCAAUUGUGGAGUUUAUCAGGAGAGUCAUGUCCAGAAGGAACUAUUCCGAUUAGAAGAACACUUGAAGAAGACAUUUUAAGAGCUGGUUCUAUUAGUAAAUUUGGAAAAAAAUUAAAUGAUUUUAGAAGUGAGACCAAUGGUGGUAAUGGAGUCGAGUAUGCAAUCCAAGGAGUGAGAGACCGUGAGUUUUAUGGAGCAAAGGCUGCCAUGAACGUGUGGGUUCCAUUUGUGGAAAAUAAAAAUGAAUUAAGCUCGUCUAAAAUUUGGAUCAGCUCUGGUUCAUCUAGGCCACAAGAUAUCAAUUCCAUUGAAGUUGGUUGGCAGGUGAGCCCAAGUCUCUAUGGAGACCAACGCACAAGAUUGACUAUUUAUUGGACGGCUGAUGGAUAUAACAAGACUGGAUGCUACAAUUUGCUAUGCUCAGGUUUUGUUCAAACUAACCACCAAAUUGCAUUAGGAUCAGGAAUUACUCCGAUUUCUACGUAUAACGGACAACAGUAUGGUAUUAUGCUAAUGGUUCGAAGGGACCCAAAAGAUGGGAAUUGGUGGUUUUAUUUUGGACUUCAAAAUCGAAUUGGGUAUUGGCCAGCCACCUUGUUUAAUUACUUAAAGUUUUAUGCAAAUGGCAUCAAUUUUGGUGGAGCAAUUAUUAAUCUAGCGUCAGCAGGAUCUCACACUUUCACUCAAAUGGGUAGUGGACAUUUUGCUGAAGAAGAUUUUGGAAAAGCUGCACAUUUUAGGAAUAUUCAAGUUGUUGAUUCUGAUGACAACUUGAUUGCAUUGCCAGAUCCUGAAACUUAUGUAUCUUUCCCAAAUUGUUAUAAUAUAAAAACAGGGAUGAGGGAUGAUUGGGAAAAUUAUUUUUACUAUGGUGGACCUGGAAGGAAUCCCAAGUGUGUCUAAGAGAACAAGUAAUACAGAAUUAAAAAUAUGUAUAUUAAUUUGAAUGAAAAAUAACUUUUUUGGCAUC